AUGCAGACAGCGCUGGCAGCUCGAGAGAAGGAGUUGAGAAGGUCCGAGAAGGCUGUAGCUCAAGCUGAUGCUGAGCUACGAGAGGAGCUGAACCGCGCCGAGAGGAUCCUGCCGUCCAAGUUCCUCUUCGAGCGGAACCUCGCUAGCGAUCGAGUGCUUGAAGCUGCGCGCAACGUGCUGAUCCGCUUUCAACAUCGUUUCUACAAGCUCUACUUCCGCCACUGGCGGGUGGCCACUCUACAGCUUCGAUUGCAAGCCCAGCGCCGAGCUGUGGCUCAAAUCGUGCGCGUGUAUCGCGGCCAUCGAGGGCGCCGAGAAGCGCGGCGACUGCGUAGAGAGCUCAACGCUAUGCAAGCCCAGAAGCGCCAGCUCUUGGCCUUCCGGAUCAAGUAUCGCUCGAGUCAGGCAGUAAGGCUGCAGAUGGCGUGGCGCCGCUUUCUCCGGCAUCGAGCUGUUAAGCAUCGCCAAGCGCGACAAGCUGCUGCUAGGCUCCUCCAGCGAGCCUUUCGCACGCGGCAAUGGCGCGGUCAGUCACUCGUGACGGCGCUAGCGAACGCACGACGAUUGUUUGCUGCUGUGAGUCUGCAAAAGUUGUAUCGAGGACAUCGGACUCGGCGCAAAUUGCUGGAAGAGCAGCGUCGUCAACGCCAAGACGAGCGCGUACAGCUUGCUCUGCUCCGCAGUAUGUCCAAACGAGCACGCGCAGCUUGGAUGAUCGAAAGACGGGGAGCAGGAUACGUGAUCGCCCACCACGCGAUACUCCCCUACGUCAUGCGGAGGCGGUGGCACCGCUUGCAUGACCAGCUACGACGUCAACGCGCUGCCAAGUGUAUUGCGCGAGCUGUCUGCAACUGGUUUGGCGUGGAGGCUCGACGUGAGGUCGCUCGAGCCAAGCAGGUCAGUCAAUGGCUCGCACUAGUACAGCGCGAGCACAAACGCUCGCAAGCUGCAGCCAUUCUCAUUCAAAAGCACCUACAGCGGUGGGUGCAACAGCGCAAGUUCCUUAUGGCUGAAGCGAGACGCAAGAAACAAGCGAGACGGACUCGUCUUGCAGAGAAACAAACGCCACCGAACCUCGGAUUAAAUCCUCAACCUGCUCGACUGAUGGCGCUACUGAAGCCCAUGCAACUGAAGAGUAAAAACACCCGAGCCUCUCAAAACCCUCGAGUCGAAGCUGCAAAGCUGGUACAACGUUGUUACCGACGCUAUCGGGCUCGAAAGCGAGCUCAGAUCCGAACAUGGAAGACUGAGGCGCAGAAAGUGGAGAUCAGAGUGCUACGGAGACGUAGAGCAGCCACGGCGAUCCAGCAACGCGUCCGAGGCAUCCAAGGCAGACAAUUGGCUCGGGUUCGCCGCGCUCAGCGUCUUCUGCUGCGCUUCAUCCUGCGGUGGAAAUGGAGACGCAUCCAGAAGCGUCAACGCGCUGCACGCAAAAUUGCUCGAUGGUUUAACCACAAGCGAAUGCAAGCCCUCGCAAAACUCUGGAGCGUGGAAAAGCAGAAGCGGGUGGCAGCUUCAGUCCGCGUGCAGCGGUGGUACCGCCUUUGCUGCUUGUUGCCGUCACGAAUGGCGAAACUCCUGCGAGUUGCUCGGAAGCGGGAGGAAACUUUGGCGUUGUGUGACCAGAGCCUCCUGCUCUGCAGUCAGCACUUGGCCGACGGGUUCGCGGUGCAGUCGUUCGCCGCCAGUCUUGAAGACGCGUUGCGCCCGCUUGUAUCCGACUCGACGGCAGCUUCGCGGUCUCCCUCGAAGACCAGACCAUCACCGACGAAGCAAAAGGCGGGGGCUGCUGCCAGUGGCAAACAUCACGCUGGUGUCGUAUCGUUCCCGGUUCUCCAAAUGGCGUUCUUGGUGGUAAGUGGCUGGAAAAUGCCCUUUGUAUGGCGCGAACUGGAUGGUAAGGCACUUUUCCAGACCAAACUUGAGCGCGGUAAAGCUGUCUCAUUCUUUCGGUCGCUCCCCAAACGAGGCAAACCGGUAGCGCAUCAGAUCCAGCACACCUCAGUAUUCGAAGCAGGGACAAUGACAUCGUCGUCACCUACUCGGAAAAACCAGAAACCUGCUCCAAAGGGAGCUAAAGGGGUGGCCGCUGUCGAAACAUUUUCGUCGGUUGAUGUGGACGUGGCGGUGGCUAGAGCUACGGGGGGAGCGAAGGGAGCGCUGGAUUUCGCGGCAUUUGUACGAGUGCUCGGGUUACUGGGCGAGAUUUCGCUAACGCAGCAUUCUCAGACGGCAACUCCAUACUGGGGUCGUUAUGACGGUGCUGAAGCGCGUGUGCUGGCGUUACUGUGGGUUUCGCUCCUCCCUCACCCGACAAUACAGCCACUGGCAAGUCAAUUCAGAGCGUUCGUAUCAGACGAACUCUCUCGCCAAGCUGCGCACCUCCAAAGACUUUUCACUCGACAGCACAACAAGCUGCGAGGUACGGCGAUUCUGGUGGAAAUUCGACUCAAUCUGCGGACCCAAGAGCUUUCUCGUGCUGCGGUUGUGCUGCAAACACAAGCUCGACGAUUGCUGGCACGACGAGAACUGCGGCGUCGAAUGCAAGCGACGUACGAGAAGUUCCUGGAUCCGACGUGGGGGCUGCCGUACUGGAUGAACCCGCGGUCGGGCUACUCGACAUGGCAGAAGCCGCGCAGACUAGGAGCUGAAGACGUUCACUGUGAACCGAUCCCGUUCCCUGCCCCGGAGCGGAUGCUAAAGGCCCCGUGCAAUGGACGGAAGGACUGCGAUCGCUGUGCCGAGUGGGUGUGCUACGAUUGCGACGAGUUUUUCUGUGUUGGAUGCUUUGGGGAGUACCACAAGGACGAUAAUGAAGGAGAAGAAGACAAGGAACAACUCGUCAAACGAGAGCACGAGCUUGAGCGACUCUUGCUGUGCGGAUUAUGUAAAUUCCAGCUCGCAUCGCGCCGUUGCCUCGACUGUAUCCCCAAACCUGCUCCAAAGCCCAAGCCUCACCCCAAAACAAAUCCGCUCAAGCCGAAAAAUCACGAAAAGAAGAACCUCGACAAUGAUGAGGACGAAGAACGCGACAACCGUGAGUCGUUGUUCUGCGACGUAUGCUUCGGGUUCCUGCAUCGUCGCGGCGGUCUGAAGACCCACCGAACGGAACCUUUGUUGGAACUCUGUACGUCGUGCAUCCCGGAUGACAAUGACGAUGAAAACGCCAUCUCCCGUCAGCAUUCAUCCACAUUCUUCGCCAUCGCCGGAGCCGCCGAUGCCGUUCAAUGGGAAUGUGAAGCUUGCGGGGACCCUCCUCGCCGAGUUUGUGGGCGUUGCGCUCUUCAGUCUCAUCCGAAGGAAAGCUGCGGCGAACUGCGUCCCGUUCCUUUUCAAACGUUGGGCAGACGAGAACGCACCAAACGUCUACAAGAAGAACAGGAGGCUCGAGACCGUCGAGAUCUGGAUAAAAUGCGUGCCAGAGCGCUGCGAGCUCGUCAGGAGCGGUGCGCUCGCAAGAUGCAGACAUUCUGGCGGUCCCGGGCCCCGAUUCUUCGGGCCAAACGGGCAGCGGAUGCUCGACGCAAGGAGAAGAGUGAUCUGUGGCUGCGGCGUCAAGAGGACGCGCGGUUAGCGAAGCGAAUGGCGUACCGAGCGAAAAAUGCGCUGGGAAUGGCGCCGCCGCUAAGCACUGACACGCCCGUACAGCGCAGACUUCGUAGCUUGCACGCCCUGGCACGUCGUCAAGUAUCUAUUCGUGCUAGAUUCUUUGGUCUGCUUAUCGACGAGUACGUGAGAGUGGGGAUUCCGCUACCGGGUCUUGGGUUGCUCCAUCCUGGGUCGAAUGAAAUCUGGACGAGCGAAGACCUUCGCGGGUGGAUCCGCAACCGACAGACUAUUCGAUUCAAGAAGCUGACUCCGGAAGAAGCUCAACCAGCGGAGCGAGCGUUGUGUGCGUGGCGGCAGCUUGAGCGAUCGAGCAAAAAUGAGGAUGAUCCGGGCAAUGAGGCGGUGGAAACUGGAGCCCCAUCGGACUCCUCGACGCAGCCCAAGGCGUCAGAUACGACGUGGCUGGCAGACGUGCAUCCGAAACAAUUGGUCACCGAAAGUAUGGUGCCCCUGGCACAGCCGUACGGCCCACCACUGCCCAAGAAGAAGCACCGCAGAGCUGCUGAGGAAGAGGAGGAGGACGUCGUGGAGGACGUUCCAGUCGCGAUGUUCCUCGUCGAGUUUUCGCUGGAUCCGAAGCGAACCGUGUGGAUCAACCACUCCCUGGCUGAGAGGUUCUGGGAGUGGAAGCGACUCAAGAUGUUGGCACGAAGCGAGCGAGCGGCGCAGCGUCAGCGGGCC